UUCUCCAUCGGAGCACAUACAGAGUUGAGGACAGGCGCACUUGUCCGCUGUGUCUCGGACUCUAUAUGGAGGGAUGUCGGAAUGGCUUGCACCAGGAGAACCAAAACUUUGGUGUCUACGUGUGUGAUACUAAGUGGCAUGACCAACAUCGUGUGUCUUUUGUACGUCGGAUGGGUGACUAAUUACAUCGCUAAUGUGUACAUCAAAGUGCCGAUGCCUGUCCCAGCCAAAAAGUUGGACGGCGACAGGAAAGGAGAAACUCUGCGGAUUAUAGAGCGACUGGAUCGGCUGGAGAAUGUAGUUAAUCAGCACAUACAAGAGUCCCCGCUGAAAGGAGAUGACAAUCAGCUAGAUCGAUCUUUUUCUGACUCGUCCUUGUUCAACCACUGGGGUCAGGAUCUGGGGCCAGAGAGCCGCAGAGUGGCCCUCAAGAUGUUUCAGUAUUACGGCUACAACGGUUACCUCAGUGACCGCCUCUCUAUGGACAGACCCAUCCCAGACUACAGACCUGAAGGGUGCAAAAACAUGUCUUACCCGUCCAACCUUCCGCAGGUUAGUAUAGUCUUCAUCUUUGUGAACGAAGCGCUCUCAGUCAUUCUGCGCUCCAUCCAUUCGGCCAUGAACAGAACCCCGCGCCACCUGCUCAAAGAGAUCAUUCUCGUAGAUGACAACAGCAAUAACGAUGAGUUAAAGGAGAAAUUACAAGACUUUGUCAAGGAGACCAACAGCAAGCAGCCCGGUUUCAUUAAAAUGGUGCGGCACAGUAAGCAGGAGGGGCUGAUCCGCUCACGUGUGAGUGGCUGGAGAGCUGCCUCUGCCCCUGUGGUGGCCCUGUUUGACGCCCACGUAGAGUUCAACACUGGCUGGGCUGAGCCUAUUCUCCAAAGGAUCAAAGAAGACAGAACCAGAAUUAUAUCUCCAUCUUUUGACAAUAUCAAAUAUGACACAUUUGAGAUUGAGGAGUACCCCCUCUCCGCUCAGGGCUUUGACUGGGAACUGUGGUGCCGGUAUCUGAACCCACCAAAAUCCUGGUGGAACUUGAACAACAGCUCUGCUCCAAUCAGGAGUCCAGCCCUGAUUGGCUGCUUUGUGGUGGACAGGGAGUACUUUGCAGAGAUCGGCCUGCUGGAUGAAGGCAUGGAGAUUUACGGAGGAGAGAAUGUGGAGCUGGGUGUGAGGGUGUGGCAGUGUGGAGGAAGUGUGGAGGUGUUGCCCUGUGCCCGAAUCGCCCAUAUUGAGCGCGCCCACAAGCCCUACACCGAGGAUCUCACUGCCCACGUGCGCAGAAAUGCUCUGAGAGUGGCUGAAGUGUGGAUGGAUGAGUUUAAAAGCCACGUCUACAUGGCCUGGAACAUUCCACAAGAGGACUCAGGGAUAGACAUCGGUGACAUUGCAGAAAGGAAAGCACUGAGGAAAAAACUGCAGUGCAAGACCUUCCGCUGGUACCUAGUGAACAUUUACCCUGAGAUGAGAAUGUACACAGACACCAUCGCAUAUGGAGUGCUGAGAAACUCUCUGAAGACUGAUUUGUGUCUCGACCAAGGGCCAGACACUGACAACAUUCCCAUCCUUUACCUCUGUCACGGGAUGACACCUCAGAAUGUGUACUACACCAGCACUCAGCAGUUAUUUGUGGGCAUCUUGAGCCCCACCAUUGACGAUGAUGACAACAAGUGCCUGGUGGAUGUGAACGGCCGGCCACGGCUCAUUGAGUGCAGCUAUGCUGUGGCUAAACGCAUGAAGCUCCACUGGCGGUUUACUCAGGGAGGCUCCAUCCAGAAUACAAAGUCGAAGCGAUGCCUUGAACUCCUGGAGAACAAUGACAAUGAGUUCGGAUAUCAGCUGACGCUCCAAAAAUGCACUGGCCAGAACUGGACCAUCACCAAUAUGUUUCCUGGUAGCACCUUAUGAUGAUACCAUCGAGACUGAGGGAGGACUGCAUUGACAAAUGAUGACAAGCUUAAGCACCUGGAUGUCUCUAUUUGACUUUGACAUCAUAUGAUAAAUGUUAAACAUUUUUCCUAGCUGCUGUACUUGUGCAUACUGAUAAGCCACAUUUGGCAGAUAUUGCAUUGUGUAUUAUGAGGUUCUACACUGUACUGAGAUUUAUUUUGUGCAAGGUAUACUUGGUUUUGUCAUGACUUGAAGGUUGUACCGGCUCCAGUGCACACAUUGAAGCCAUAAUUGCUACUAUGUAGCAAAGCUUUGGCAACGUUCUUGCUGUAUUUCUUUCUAGUGUCUCAGGUUUGUAGGUUGAGAUUAUUUUGAAAUAACUCUGUACAUUUUUGGGACAUGCCAAUAUGUUGGAACAUAUCUAGAUACAAUCAACUGUUUUAUAUCUACAUGUAAAGUAAAUAUUCUCAGUAUUUAUAAUUAAUGGCAGUAAAAAACAAAUGAGAAGACGAAUUGUGAGUUUUGCUGAUCUACAUUUUUCUACACAAGACCUUGUACCAUCCUUCCUGUAAACAGAGAGAGCUGUAGUUGUUAUGACAGAUUUGGUAAUUCCUUGCCGUGUCAGUGGUUUGGUUAAACAGAUGUGCUCUCUCUAGAGAGUUUGUUCCUUCAGAUGCAUGGCUUGCACUUGUUUUGUUCACCAAAAUAUUCCAUGAAGAUCACAGUGAAUUUUAUAGCAGUGGCUCUAAACUGGUGGAUCACAAGUCAAAAAUAGGUUACGGGUCUGUUCAGGACAUAAGAGGAAACACGGCUGAGUACAUCUGAACACAACAGGAAUUUAAGUUAUUAUUCAUUGAAAAUCUCACCUUCUGCUUUAGGUCUCAAAUCUAAUUUGCAGUUUUACAUAUUCAGAACUGGCACAUCAUGGCCAGUCACGAUAAAACAACCAAUGGUUUUGGCAUCACUGAUAUCAAACCUGGCAUGAUGAGUUUUGAUGCAUCACAUUUGAAUAUGAAUGCAAACCCUUCUGGUGUUUAUUAUAGUGUUUUUGGAGCACCUGAUCACUCUAUGCUUUGUAUGGAAAGGAGCAGCUUAGACAUUUUCCAAGGAUAAAAGAAAGUUAAAUGAUUUAAAGUCAUGUCAGAUACCAUACAGAAAUUUCAUUUUUAGAUGAAUGAUCCCUUUUAAAGACUCCAUUGAUACUGUUGUUCCAUGCAUGGUUGUAAACAGCUUUGCUGUUCACGUGUCAAAGAUUUUAUUCUCAAAAGAUGUCCGGAUCCUCCCUGUAGCGGGAGUUGUGUGCAUCGAUAGAUGUUUUCUUUAAACUCUUUCCCGCGCUCUCUCUCUGGUGUGUAUCAAGGGAAGAGACGAGUGCCACUUUCUGUUCUCAGCUUGCCAGUCCUCAUUAGCAUCUACAGUCCUGCUGGGCCAGAAGGAUGUUUGCCAUUAAAUAUACAUGCACAUCCACUUCUACCACCCUCACAAUGCCACAAAAGUCUGGGAAAUAUUUGCAUUUGCAACAACCUUAUACGUGUAGUUAAAAUACAACUCAAAAGGUUUACAACUUAACAGUGCAUAGCAAAUCAUAGACAAAACCACACACACUGCUUCAAGAACGUCAGCUGAUACAUAUUCGUGCAUCCAAAGGCGGCCUGCCAAAAAAGUUCUCUAAAAAAAUGUGAUCUUUACUUUCAUUGUAAACGUAGGGCGGCAAAGCACAAGGUCAACACGUCUCUCUUAUCUAAUGGUUUAAUAGGAGUCACUCAGAUCAAUAUUCCAUUCAGACGUUCAGCUGGCAGUGUCCUGGCUCGAUGUGUCCUUCUCCCAUCCAAACAUGAUCAAAGCCAAACCCUUUUUGGGUUUCAGAAAAGCAAUGACGUUAUAUCAACCUACUCUUGCAAAACCACUGUUGAGGAACUGAUACUUAUUUUAGCACUGCAGAACUAAUUCUGAAAUUCUGUUAUGUCAUUAUUUAAAGAAUUGAACUCUGUUGAGUGAAACAUUGCUCUCAAAGCUCAAGUUAAAGUGAUUUAAGCUUUGACCCUGCUUGUUGAUGACCUUUUUGAGGCAAAAACUAGUUUCUAUUU